AUGGAUUUAUUGUGGCAAAAAGAAUCAAAUGAUGCUGGAGCACUGUACAUCGAUUUAUUUAAAGACAUUUCUGCUGAUUUUCGUGAUGCAGUUGCAGUGAUUGCUAAGUCGAAAAAUGUCCAUCGGAUCGAAAAGAGCAACGAAUUGUCUGAGGCAUACCGCAAUCAAGGGAAUGUACAAUUUCAAGAGCGCAAAUGGUUCGAAGCGAUGAAUUUGUACAAUGCAAGUUUGUGUUUCGCUGAAAGUGGUUCAGAAAAUGUGAGUUUGGCUUACGCAAAUCGAUCAGCGUGUUUUCUCCGUUUGAGACAAUACGAAAAAUGUCUCGCCGACAUCGAAUUGGCGAAAAAAGCGCGCUACCCAGAACAUUUGAUGCAAAAAUUGAACAAACGGCGCGCAGACUGUUUGAAGCUUAUGAAAAGUGAUGAUCGUGGUGAAGAAAUUGUGGCGAAAUUAAGUUACAAAGCCGACGAAAACUUCCCAGGGAUGGCCAACGUGCUGAAAAUUGAGUACAAUGAAGAAUUCGGACGUUACAUUAGUGCAAAGUGCGACAUACCAGCCGGAAAAACGGUUUUGGUUGACGAAUCAGCUGUGCCACCAUCGCAUGGAAUGCAGCAAUACAGCUGCUGUGCCGUUUGUGCGAAGUCUUCAAUGAACUUCAUUCCCUGCGGUCAAUGUACGAAUGCAUUGUUCUGUAACAGCGGAUGCGCCAAUGUCAACAGCAUUCACAAAAUGGAAUGCCAAUAUAAUUUGUUCGAUCCUGCAUCAGAUAUCGAGUUUUUCGUGCGUUCCAUAUUUCUUGGCUUGAGCUCCUUUGAACACGUGGAUGAUUUCAUAACAUUUGUUGACGACACUGUCCAUGAUAAAUCAAAAAUGGUGCCGGACACGCUUAAAGAUAUGAAAUCAAAGUACCGCGGAUUUUUACAACUUUUCAUUUUUUCGACGCCGGAAAACUUACCGAAAUACCUGCAAAACGCGUACAAGAUGUAUACCAUUUUGUUAUUAUUGGAGUCGGUGGAAAAACAAUUCGAUGCAAUCGAUAAAAAACGCUUUCUGAUGCAUUUGACACUACAUCACGUAUGCGUUAUGGCAAGCAAUGCGUAUAGUAGCAAAGGAAACAAAACCUGCGUGUCGAUCGUUCAAUCUUAUUUGAACCAUGCAUGCGCAGCCAAUUUAUUGUCCACUGAUGAUGGAAAAUACGCGAUUUGCACAACCGUUCGCCCAGUUCGAGCCGGACAACAACUGUUUGUUACAUAUUUCGGUGAAUUGUUCUGUACAAGGCCAGUUGAUUUUUGUCAAACAUAUUUGUUCCAAACUUACGGUUUUCAGUGCAAAUGCGAGAGAUGCAAACCGAAUCCAUCACUGAUGAAACAACUGAAUUUGGCAUCGGAUCCGACUUUUAAAUUGGUGGCCAAGGAAAUGCGUAUACAACCAUCGCACGAAUUCGGCAAGAAAAAAUUGAUAGCUCUUCAAAAGAAAUGUGUUGAUCUGUUGAACCGAGUUGGCGAUAAGCACUGGUGCAAUGAAUUGGGAUUCAUAAUGCACAGCUAUGGAAAUAUCUUCGAAAUUCUACACACCAAAUCUGUUGAUUCUACAUAA